AUGCUGCCAAACUUUUAUUUAUACCUUGCCAGCUGUGUGCUGCUGCUCGCGUUGUCCUGCCAAGUCUCUUUGGGAACCCCAGUGCCCACGCCACUGAGUUUGGACUCUGAGAAAUGUGCGCAGUGCGCUAAUCUCUCCAGAGAGCUCGUCAAGAAUGUUAGAAAGCUCCUGGACGAAGAAAACCUGUUUGGUGGUUUAAACUGCUCAGAGCAGCGCGUGGAGGUAAACCGUAAGACACAGACAGUCCUAGCCUGCGAACCCAACACGGACAGGAACACAAGAUGCUCUGGUCAACAGAACACCACAUUUAGUGAGAGUGAGUGUCUGAGGAACAUCCGAGCAGACCUCGGACAUUUUGCUGCCUCACUACAGGCUUACAAACAGGCCGACCUCAGCUCCACUGCCCAGGACACCCAGAACCUACUCAAUAAUUGUCCAUCCACACAAGGCGAGCCUUCCUCACAGGUUGCAGACCCUAAGCUGACUAGUGGUGACUCUGUGGACCAGCGGGUCCAUCUGUGUAAGGUACUGAAGGGCUUCCACCUCCGGAUCAUCACCAUUAGCAGAGCAAUGGGCUACAUCUCUGCUGGGGACCACAGGAAGUAAACCCUCAUCUUCAACACCAUCCGAUUCCUCAUCAUCAACUAUAUCAAGUACUGACCAUCAUCAUCACCUACAACUGUAACAAGUUCAUCAUCAGCAAGAUUGAUUAUCUUCAUCAGACAUCAACAACUACUUUGUCAUCAUAACUGUUGAAUACUGCACUACACUGUGUAUGCUUAGAUGAGUAGGACAUAAGCUAGCUAAACUCUUUUUGGCUCAGUUAGAGCUGGAUGACAGUAGAUUUAGUGCAUAGCUAAUCAAUUAACAUCAUGUUGGUCAAUCUAUUUGUUUAUUUAUUCCUUUAUUUAGGGA